UGGUAAAGAAAGGAAUUUGAUAUAUGAUGAACAAGAAGAAGGAUCUUCACAAUAUGCUUUUGAAUUACAAUGUAGAGACUGAGUGUAUGUGUAUUCGUAACUGAAUGUGCUGAUUACAUAGAGCCUCUAGAUAUUUAUAAGAGAUACAUUUAAUGCACUUUUGUCCGUUGACGACAUGAUCCGACCGUUACGACGACAUGUCCGACCGUUACGACGACAUCAAUAUCGUCAUUAUUGCAUCAUCAAUUCUGGCCAGCCCUUUGAGUAACCUAUGUCAUAAUUACAAUAACUACUCUAAUUAUAUACAUAAAACUGCCCAGAUUUAAUUAGCUAGCAUUAAUCCCAAUGAAUGCGUCAUUGAUUGCCACGGUCAACCAUUUUUGAAUGUAGUCAAGGCCGCCCAACUCGUGUACCAACACCUGUUAUUAUACUUCUAAAGUUAUUUAAUCUCGUGUAUAACGCAUAGGUAAAAAUGUGGAAUGACCUAUCGUGAAAUAAACUUCAUAACUAGAUCUUUAUGCCAAAAAUUCAAAUCAAAAGAAAAGUUUAACAAAGUAAAUCUCUAGAGAUGCCAAAUGUUUUAAACUCGAACGGUAUUCAGUAAUCUAGUUAAGUUGUGGUUAUAGCUGUUACUCUUCCACAGUUCCACUUAUCAACUUUCCGCCAAAGUAAAAUUCGAAUAUGUUUUCUUUAUAAAAAAAAUCGAAUAUGUUAAAAAUCAUUAACAACCUCUACCGAUGUGCCACGUCAUUCACAACAUUCAUGUGCGUCAAGUUUUUCUCUUUGUUUUCUCUAAAACCAAAUACGAAGUCAAAAUAAAUGAAUAAAAAUUCCGUGCAAAUUUAAAUUCAAAUAAAAAGGGGAGAAAUAUAAGUAAUCCUGCUGUGUAAUAAUCUGCCAAAAAUAAAAGAGUCACUGCACCCACUCCCCACCUUGUCCCCUCUCUUCAAUUUCUCUCUAUACCUAAUUGCUGUUUCUCUCUCCAGAAAGGGAAGAAGACAAACCAACGCAUUUCGCUUCUCUUCACUCCGGACAUGCCGGAACUCGCGACCGUACACUGACUCCGGCGGACAUAUAUAUAAAGGGAUCGGAAUCAACUAGAUGAGGUGUAAGAAACAUCAGUCGGACCUGAGCAGCGGCGUCGGCGUUUGCGCGUCUUGUCUCCGGGAGAAGCUCUUCGCCGUGAUACUAGCUCAGGCUCAAGCCGAAGCCCGCAUUCAGCACCGUGGAUUUCAGGAAGAGGGGCGCAAGUCCGACGCCAAUCAGCCGCCGCCGGCUUUGUUGUUUCCCCGCUCUGUUUCGCCCUAUAUUUCUCGCCAUAAAUCUGACAUCUCGAAUUGGAAUCAAAACCGCCAAGCUAGCCACCGCAGCUGGGCUGAUCAGAGAUUCUUCAGCACUCCUCAAGUCGGAGCCCAAGGGAAAGUAAUCGCCGGGGGGGAUUACGGUAAGAAGAAGAAGAAGAAGAGUUACGGGUUCUCUCUGUUUAACAAUCUGUUCGGAUCUAAACCGGGGAAGCCCGAUUCGUACUCGGAUCCCACGUUCCCCAAUUCGGAUCCGGGGGUCUCGAAUUCGGAACCCCCGCGUGCCAGUACGUCGUCGUCGUCUUGGUUUUCGGCAAUUUUCUCGGGUCGUCGGAAGAAGCAAAAUCAGGCGUUUUCGGUAAAUGAGGACGCCUCCGUCGGGCGGCGGCGGGUGAACUGUCAGAAUAGAGAUCGCGGAUUGUCCCCCGUGAGGUGCUCCGACGACGAGGAAGACCAACAUUGCCGCGGGGGAUCCAGCGGGUACUCUUCGGAGUCUUCGCAGGGGUGGAAGCAGACACCAAGGCGGACCCCGGCGUCUUCAUCAAACCGGAGAGCAGGCGGAAGAUGCAACCGCAACCGGAACGCCUCCGGGAUGACGUUUUGCCUGAGUCCGUUGGUGAGAGCCAGCCCUAACCUGCAGUGGAACCAAAAGGGAAUGGCGCCGGAGAUGGUGUACUCCGGCGAAAUUAGAUUAUCCUCCAAAGCGAGUUUGCCCGGUGCGACGUCGUUGUGCAAGAGCAGAUCGAGGAAACUUGCGGAUUUCGGAAGGUUCAACUGCCACCAUUAAUUGGACAUUGAUGAAUACAGUUAGCGGCCAAACGUUGACAUUUGACCGCAUCGGCGAUUGCGACAUUCUGCAUAGAUGAGAAAACUGUAAUGGUUGGUUUUUACCCUCGCCUACUUUAUAUGUGUAGUAGAAGUAUAGUAUUCCGUAGGUGGGUUCAUAAUUUUUUUUUUUUUUUUUGCGAUUUUAAUAUUUUCAUACCACACAUAAACAAAGUGCUGUUGUUGGUUUACAUGUUAAUGGUCAUUACUCCGUAUUAGGUACACAAAGAAAAACAAAUACUCAGCGUCAUUCCCGUGUUUUUGGCUUUUAGCUGUACCCCUGAAAUACCAUUCUUCUAA